AUGGCGUUUGGUGGAAAACAGAGUAAAAGGCCUCUGGCAAAAAUAACGUUUUCCUCCUUGCUUUCUACUUUUCUCGCUCUCACUUUCAUAGGGAUAAGGAGCUUUAGCGAACUCUUUUUCCUGCGAGAGCCUCAGGAUAUGACUGUUGCUAGAAAGGAAGCCGUGGUUUUAGACUGCCUGGCCGGUGGUGAGGUCCCCAUCACCAUCACAUGGCUCAGAAAUGGGGUGAAGGUUUCUGAAAAUGAGCAGAUCUACUCUCUGUCCAAUGGCUCGUUAUACAUCAGUGAGCUGGAGAGCAAGAGGAAAGGUGAAGCGCUGGACGGAGGCUUCUACCAGUGCUUGGCCCUGAAUAAAUAUGGCGCCGUCCUCAGCCAGAAAGCGCAUCUGACCUUUGCAACCAUCUCUGCAUUUGAAGUCCAGCCUCUUCCCAGUGAGGUCCACGAAGGGAGCGUGGCCAGAUUUGCCUGCAAAAUCCCUGCCAACCCUCCAGCCAUUAUCACCUGGGAGGUGAACCGGACAGCUCUGCUGAUGGAUGCAGACAGGAUAACUGUGCUGCCAUCAGGAGUGCUACAGAUCUACAGUGUUCGGUCAAGAGACGCAGGGAGUUACCGUUGUGUUGCUACGACAGUUGCUGGCCGGCGGAAGAGUGGUGAGGCGACGCUCACAGUUGUCCCAGUUUCCAAUACGAAGCUUUUCCAUAAGCCGUCCAUUAUAGCUGGCCCCCAAAAUGUCACGGCUUCUCUUCACCAAACGGUCAUCUUCGAGUGUGUUGCCGUCGGGAAUCCAAAACCGAUUGUGUCCUGGAGUCGACUUGACCUCAAGUCCAUUGAUGUUUUCAACACCCGGGUGCUUGGAAAUGGGAACCUCAUGAUCUCAGACGUGAAGGUGCAACACUCUGGUGUGUACGUUUGCCGUGCUACAAUCCCUGGCACACGCAACUUCACCACUGCGAUGGCAACACUUAUGGUGCUAGCCCCCCCUGCCUUUGUGGAGUGGCCAGAAAGCUUGACCAGGCCCCGAGCUGGCACAGCCCGUUUUGCCUGCCAGGCAGAAGGCAUUCCAACCCCCAAGAUAUCCUGGCUGAAGAAUGGCCGGAAGAUCCAUUCCAAUGGCAGAAUUAAGAUGUACAACAGUAAAUUGGUGAUCAACCAGAUCAUCCCUGAAGACGAUGCUAUCUACCAGUGUGUGGCCGAGAACAGCCAAGGGUCUGUCCUUUCCAGGGCACGCCUGACAGUGGUUCUCUCUGAAGACCGACCCAGCGCGCCUUGCAAUGUUCACGCAGAAACAAUGUCAAGCUCGGCCAUCCUCCUGGCUUGGGAGAGGCCGCUUUAUAAUUCGGACAAAGUGAUUGCCUACUCGGUGCACUACAUGAAGGCGGAAGGCUUAAACAAUGAAGAAUACCAGGUUGUCAUUGGGAAUGACACAACCCAUUAUAUUAUUGAUGACUUGGACCCUGCCAGCAAUUACACCUUCUACGUGGUGGCCUACAUGCCCCUGGGGGCAAGCCAGAUGUCUGACCACGUGACUCAGCACACGCUGGAAGACGUCCCGCUGAGGGCGCCCGAGCUCAGCCUGACGAGCAGAAGCCCCUCCGACGUCCUCAUCUCCUGGCUGCCCAUUCCAGCCAAGUACCGGCGAGGGGAGGUGGUGGCCUUCCGCCUGGCCUUCCGCCUCAGCACGGAGAGCGGCAUCCAGGUCCUGGAGCUGCCGGGUGCCAUCUACGAAUACCUGCUGCGGGGGCUGAAGCCCGACAGUGUCUACUUGGUUCGCGUUUCUGCUGCCACGAGAGUCGGCUGGGGCGAGGCCUCUCUGUGGACUUCCCAUCGCACCCCAAAAGCCACCAGUGUCAAAGCACCAAAGUCUCCCGAGCUGCACCUGGAGCCCCUGAACUGCACAACCAUUGCUGUGAGGUGGCAGCAAGAGCUUGCAGACAUGGCAGCCAUCCAAGGCUACAAGCUGUACUACAAGGAGGAAGGCCAGCAAGAAAGCGGGCCAAUUCUGCUGAAGGCCAGGGACUUCACCUACACCCUCAGCGGCCUCGACCCCAGAAAGAAGUACCACGUCAGGCUGCUGGCAUACAACAGCAUGGAGGAAGGCUACGAAGCAGACCAGACUGUCAGCACCCCCGGCUGUGUGUCUGUCCGGGACCGCCUGGUGCCACCCCCGCCGCCACCCCACCACCUUUAUGCCAAAGCAAACUCUUCCUCCUCUAUUUUCCUGCACUGGGGACGGCCAGCCUUCACUUCGGCACAGGUCAUCAACUACACUCUCCGCUGUCACCCCGUGGGGCUGCAGAACGCUUCCCUGGUCCUCUACCUUCAGACGCCAGAGACUCACCUGAUGGUCCAAGGGUUGGAGCCAAAUACCAAGUACGAGUUUGCUGUUCGGCUGCACGUGGAUCAGCUCUCCAGCCCGUGGAGCCUGGUGGUUUACCACACCACCCUCCCAGAAGCCCCAGCCGGUCCACCACUGGGAGUGAAGGUGACACUGAUUGAGGAGGACACAGCCUUGGUCUCCUGGAAGCCACCGGCUGGCACUGGGACCCUCGUCUCCCGUUACACCAUCCUUUAUGCGUCCAGGAAAGCAUGGGCUGCAGGCGAGUGGCAAGUCCUGCACCGGGAAGGAACAAUAACCAUGGCUUUACUGGAGAACCUCAGGGCAGGAAAUGUCUACCUCAUCAAAAUUGCUGCAUCCAAUGAAGUUGGUGAAGGGCCUUUUUCCAGUGCGGUGGAACUGGUGGUCUUGCCAAAGGAACCAUCAGAGUCAAACCAAAGACCUAAACGCCUGGAUUCUGCAGAGGCUGACGCAACUCUUUCUGGCUCUUACCAGUUGGACCAGAAGUCAAUGACGGGCAUAAUUGCAGGCGUCUCCAUUGCCCUGUUGUGUAUCUUGGUCUGUGUCCUUAUCCUGAUCUACCGUGGCAAAACAAGGAAAGCAACACCUUCAAAAAGCAGCCGGCCCAGCCCUGAUCAACUCACUCGCAGCAGCUGCUCUUCUAGGAGGGCCGACAAGGGAGCCAAAACUCUGGAAGGCUUGGUGGAGAAUGAGGAAUCUCUGUUGCCCAUGACUGUAGGGAGCAGCUUUCUGGAUGCCAAGGGUGGAACGGACCUUAUUAUAAACCGCUUUGGUCCAGUCACAAAGAACAGUGCCAAGAAGAAAUGGCUCUUCUUCCAUCGCUCUAAGAAGGAGAAAGCAGAGGAGGCCCCAAGGCGACUGGCCUCAGCCGUGUGCCUGUACCGGUCAGGGGCAGCCGUGCUGAUUGGCGAGGAGCAGCAACUGAGCAACCACGUGACCAGCAGCCCAGGGACUGACACAGAGCAUUCAGCCCACAGCCAAGGCAGCCAUGAGACUGGGGACUCGGGAAGGUUCUCCCAUGAGUCCAACGAGGAGCUGCGCCCCUCGGCCAGCUUCGGGGCCACGGAUUCUUUCCCAGGCAGCGACUUGCACCUGACAGCUGGGAGUCCUGUCCCUGAGCCUCUCCCACCGCCGCCAGUGUUUCCUCGCGGGCUGCCAGCAGGCAACGGUGACAUGGAGUCUCGCAGGGGACGGUGA